AUGGCUCAAUCUGAAAGGUUUUACGAGGAAACUCCGACAAGCUCAAAUAUAGAGCUGCCCGAGAUGCGAACCACUUCGGUGGUCAUCCGUAAAAAUUGGAACGAUAAUGUGCUGUAUUAUAUGAACUCGACUCCGCGGAACCAACAAGCCAACCAAGAGGAAUUGAGACUGCGACUAGUAGUCCCAACUACGAUGAUCCAAGAAGUUCUUCAAAACAACCAUGACUCAUUGGAAGGUGGACAUCAAGGCGUAGUGAGGACAUACCAACGAGUGAAGCAAGAUUAUUAUUGGUUUGGCCUUUACGCGGACGUUGAGAAACACGUGAAGUCGUGUCCGGAUUGUAGUUCAAGCAAGAGCAAACCCCAGUUGAGAGGAUACUCUCCUGGCAAUAUUCUCGCCGAAAGGCCAUUCCAGAUUGUGUCGAUGGAUUUCGUGAUUCCACUGCCGAAAUCUCGGCGAGGCAACACGGCACUACUGCUAUUCCAGUGCGCUUUCACGGGAUUCGUCAUCGCAAAACCGAUGUCGGACACUACAGCAUUCAAAGUCGCACAAGUAUUUGAAGAAUGCAUUUACGGAAGACCCCCGCUUUAUGAGCGAAGUAUUUCAAGCGUUUGCCGAGAUGAUGCAGUCAAGAUCGAGAGCAACUCUGAGUUAUCGGCCACAGGCCAAUGGGCAGCAAGAAAGAUCAGUCAAGACGGUGAUGCAGCCGUAAAGGUCUAUGCCGAAGACCCACUUCAGCAAGAUUGGGACGAGAUCGCAGAGCAUCUAGUCUUCGCCAUUAACAACUCAAUGGACACUACCAGGAGGGAAACGCCUUUCUACUUGGUUCACUGA